GUUAAAAUCUAUAAAAUUAGUAAAUUAUAAUUUUAAUAUAUAAUAAUAAACCAAAAUUAAAUAAAUUGUACAUAAAAUAAUAAAAUAAAAAAUUUGUAAAUAAAACAAUAACAAAACCAUUAUAGUAGCAAUAAAAUGAACAAAGAUGAAGAGUUUAUAGAUAGUGAAGAGCAUCACUAUGAAGAAGAUGAUAAAAUCGAAAAUGAUAUAGAUCAAGAUUUAGAUUAUGACAUUUACAAAGUCGAUGGUGAAGAUGAUAGUAAUGAUGAAUUGGAUGAGGAUAUGUAUAAAAUAGAUGGUGAAGAUGAUAGCAGUAGCAGCGAAGAUGAAAAACAAAAAUUCAAUUAUUAUUCAAAAAAGAAAAGAAAUCUUUCAAAAAGUUUGUCACCGUCAUCCUCAAAAGAAUUUAAAAUCAUACCAUAUAAAACACUUCAAGAGAAUACUCCAACAAAAGGUAUUUUAAAGAAUAAAAAUGAAAAGCCACCACCAAAGAAAAAUAGAAUUGCAUGGGAUGAAGAAAAUUUAAAUUUCAAUGAUAUGAAUAAAUCUGCAACAAUGAAAAUUGAUGAGCCCAAAACUCCAUAUCAUUAUUACGAAUCUGAAGAAGAAUCAGAUGAAAGUAAAAAAUAUUUAGAAAAUAAAUUUUUAGAAUUAAAGAAUGCUUUAGAUAAACAACAAGAAAAGAGUGAAUGGGACUCUGAUGAUGAAGAUAAUGAAGAAGAACUAAACAUUAAAAGAAAAAAGAAAACCAAUAAUAAAAAAAUCAAUAAGAAAGAAAAAGUAGGUUUUGGUGGUGGUGGUAGCAGCAAUGAUUAUGAAGAAGAAGAGGAUGAAAAAGAAGAUGAAGAAAAGAAAGAAAACAGAAAGAAAUUUGAUAGUCUUAGAAAAGCCCAUUACAAUGAAUUUAGAGCUAUCAAAUCAUUAGGUUCAAAUUUAUCAGAUGAAGAUGAAGUUUAA